CCAACAACGCCGAAAUUCUGGGAAAAGUAUGACAUAAAUACAUCCGAAGUUCAACUUAUGAGAAAGUGGGUUUUGAAGCACUUCAACCCUGACAAAGACCUUACCAUUGACCAGUCCCGAGUCAGCGUUGGACAGCGCCUCACUUACGCACUCGAUGUAAAUAAAUUCCAAACUAUCACCGAACAGUUUUACCGUCAGAUUCCCGAGUCGUCACCUCUCCUAGGGAAACACUUCAAGUCCUGUGCAGUCGUUGGGAAUUCUGGGAUUCUCCUGGGCAGCCGCUGUGGUCCUCAGAUCGACUCUGCAGACUUCGUGUUCAGAUGUAACCUUCCUGAUAUUGAGGGGUUCGAGAAUGACGUGGGGACAAAGUCGAACUUCACCACCAUGAAUCCCUCUGUUCUCCCACACGAUUACGACGGAAUUGACACAAACACAAGUGUGUACGACCGCUUUCUGGAGAGAUUGCGAUCCAUCGACAACCAAAUUCUGCACAUCCCUGGUUUUGUAGCCCCGGGCGGACGUCCAGACGUGUACUUUACUCUGUGGAUGAUACGCGAAAAUCACCUGCCGAUGAUCCUCACAUUACAACCAAGGGAAACUACUGAAAAGAUGAAUGCGUUGAUGGGAUUCAAGACGAAACGAGCAUCAUCAGGAAGCUUUCUGUUCGCGCUGGCUGCCUGUAAGUGCGACCAGAUCCACAUGUACGGAUUCUACCCUUUUGGAAAGGAUGAAAGGGGGCGAAAUAUAACGUACCACUACUAUGGUGAGGGCACGUGCACGACUCGGAUGCUUCCUGCACACGUACACAACAUGUCUGAAGAGUACCGGACCUUUCAGAUGUUCCACCGGCGGAAGGCUCUGGUGCUGCACACGGAGCCUUGUCAAGUUUUGGGAGGCCAGGGGUGA